AAUUCCUUCCCUGUGAGGUGGUGUGCUUCUGGCACAGGUUGCCCAGAGAAGCUGGGGGUGAUAUCUGUGCCCAUGGUAGGGGUUGGAACCAGGUGAUCUUGAAGGUUCCUUCCAACCCAACCCAACCUGUGGUUCUGUGGUUGUAGUUAGGUACUACCUGGUGCAAUACCCACUUUUAAAAAUGUGAUGUACAGUUUUACAUAUGUCAUAAAACUGACAGAGGGAAAUGUUUACUGCCUUUGACACUGAAACUGUUGUGACACUCCUGGUGAUAGUGUGCUAUGCCUCAUGGAAGAAUGCACUGGCAGUGAGUGCUGUAUUUUUUUCUUGCAGGUUUUCAGGAACCUUAUGCUAAUAACAUAAGAAUAGAAAAAUGACAUUAAGGAAAGUGAACAUUUCCAUCCUUAUAGUGGCUGUGGUCAUAUUUUUGCUAGUCAUUCAUCAUAACUUCCUAAGCCUUAGUGACUUCUUGAGACGGGAAUUGUCAGAUCCAAGUCCUUUAGGACUUCAGCCUAUAGAUUUCAUUCCUGCAGCUCCCCAGAGGCUGACAGAUGAGAGGAAUGACAAGGAGAUUUCUGUGGUCAUCGCAGCCUCAGAUGAGAGGCUCGGGGGUGCAAUUGCAGCCAUGAACAGCAUUUACCAGCACACCAGAUCCAACGUGGUUUUCCACAUUGUUACUUUGAAUGAUACUGUGGAUCACUUGAGGAUGUGGCUGAGGAGCCCCGCUCUGAAAAAUAUGAGAUACCGAAUUUUGGAUUUUGACCCUCGUGUCUUAGAAGGCAAAGUACAAGUGGAUCCCCAAAAGGCAGACACCUUCAAACCAUUAACCUUUGCAAGAUUCUACUUGCCCAACUUGGUACCUCAUGCAGAGAAGGUCAUCUAUGUGGAUGAUGAUGUAAUAGUGCAAGAUGAUAUUGUUGAACUUUACAACACUCCAUUGAAACCUGGACACGCAGCUGCAUUUUCAGAUGACUGUGACUCAACCAGUAGUAAAGUUGCUGUCCGUGGAGCAGGCAAUCAGUAUAAUUACAUUGGGUUUUUAGAUUACAAAAAAGAAACCAUCCGAAAGCUUGCCAUGAAAGCCAACACUUGCUCUUUCAAUCCUGGAGUUUUUGUUGCCAAUUUGACUGAGUGGAAAUUACAGAACAUCACUAAACAGCUGGAAAAGUGGAUGGCACUUAAUGUGGUAGAGGAACUCUACAGUAAGACUCUGGCUGGCAGCAUCACAACACCUCCACUGCUAAUUGUAUUUUACAAGCUACAUUCCAGUAUUGAUCCCAUGUGGAACGUCCGACAUCUCGGGUCUAGUGCUGGGAAAAGGUACUCUCCUCAGUUUGUGAAAGCUGCCAAGCUGCUCCAUUGGAAUGGACAUUUCAAACCCUGGGGAAGAACAGCUUCCUAUGCAGAAGUCUGGGAGAAGUGGUAUGUCCCUGACCCUGCAGGCAAGUUCAACCUGAUCCGCAGACACUCGGAAGCCUAUGAAGCAAAGUAGAGUCCAUUUGAAUAAAUGAUGACGUUUUCUCAGGAAACUUCUGGAGCCAAGCAGAACAUUUCUUUUAGCCAACUGGUAUUACAGAGCCGACCUUGCCUUCUGGAGCACAAGGUGAUGCACUUACUCAGGUGCAGUUCUGAAAUACAAAGGUCCAAAGGAGGCUCAUGUCACCUGUGUGACACAAGAUGCUACUCCAGCAGCACUACAGAAAACAAGGGAAGAUCUCCACAAAUGAGCACUUUUGUUAAUGUAAUCUCAGUUGUGUUCUCUUGCUCUUUGCUACAAGUCUUUUAGCAGGGGAUCAUUUUGUUAAUUACAGAAACAAAGUUUCUAAGAACAAGAUACAAAUUCAGUUGGUGCUUGCACCAGCAAAUCUUGCACAGCAAUGUACUGUAAUUAAGAGCUGCCUGGUUUUGUUUUGUUUUUUGUUUUGUUAUCUUGUGAAAUAACUCCCUCAACAAUGCUUUCUUGCAUGAACUGUCCUCCCAACCAUUUCUGUUUAAGUCUUUCUUACAGAAUUCUGCAAAAGUGAAUCCUUUUUGAAAGAUGAAUCCUUCAAGUAUUAUUUCACUAUGCAAAAUGGUUUAACUGCCAGUGAACACUAAACCCAUUUUUUUGUAAAGUGGUGGAUGAAACUUUGUUCAAAAAUAAAGCUAAUUGUAACAUGCUGACUCCAGUCUCAGGUAAAUGGCAAUCUGAUCCCAGGCUUGAUAUAGAAGGUAUUUCCUUUGUACAUAGUAGCAAGUGAUUAAAGCCAGAGUGAAUUGA